AGAGGGAAACCCCGUGUGUCCCUGUUCCCAGAAACAGCUCAGUAAAUUCCCUAGUCCCCAGAAUUUCUCUUCUUGAAACCCCUAAAUCCCCAAUUCCUUCUAAUUGAAAAUUCUAUAUAUCAUUACUAAGAGAAGAUAAUCAGUUGUAAAAAUCAUUGAUUUUGAAAAGUCCUAAUUCUAUAGGAGAAGAUAAUCAGCAGAAAUCUCAUCUUCAAGCUACGACGAUGUUGAGUCGUCUUCCAGAAGAGAUUCAACUUGAGAUCUUUAUGAAAUUACCAGCGAAUUCCAUUUUAAUUUGCAGGUGCGUAUGCAAGUUUUGGUAUUCUCUACUUUGUAACCCUAAAUUUGUCAACAAUCAUCUCAUACAAACUAUUCAAACCAGAAAACCUAGAUUCAUUUUAAGUCGAACACAUCUUUGGUUAAGUAAGAACCCAAUUGUUUACUCUAUUGAUUAUGCUUCAGUAUUAUCAUCAUUAUCACUGUCAAUAUCAACAUCGUUAUCAUUGUCAAUUUCAGUAGUAUAUGAUGAUUGUGACUUUGACGGAGCUCUUCGAUUGGAUUAUCCAUUUGAAUACAAGAAAAUUCGUUCUUUUAAUGUUUUGGGUUCUUGUAACGGCUUGAUUUGCUUAAGUAUUGCUGAUGGAUGUGGUAAUCCUUUAGAUAAUAGCAUUUGUAUUUGGAAUCCAACAACCAGAGAAUAUAAAGAGAUAUCAUUACCCCAGUAUCCAUUGGUUGAGGAAGAAUAUUCUUAUCAAAUCAGAUAUGGGUUUGGCCAUGAUAGUGAAAUUGACGAUUACAAGGUAGUACGAAUAUCGGGUUCUGAAAACUCUCCUGAUUGCUUUAGCAUGAAAGUGUAUACAUUGGGAUUGGAUUCUUGGAAUUGUAUCGACAACCCCAGCUCUUACUCGUUUCUUCCUUUUACAAAUACUUGUGGUUUGCUUUUCCAUGGAGCUCUUCAUUGGAUUGGCAAAGCAUCCUCUAAAGUUAUCGUUGCUUUCAAAAUUAGCAGUGAGAGGCUCCUGGAUGUGCCUUUACCAGAGGUAAUUAUGGUACCUCCAGAAAAUGGAGAAGAAUUGGAUAUACAUGUGGGCGUGCUGGGAGACUGCCUAUGCUUAGCUGUUCUUGUGAGAGACAUCCGAUCUGAUGUAUGGGUGAUGCAAGAGUAUGGAGUAAGAGAGUCUUGGACUAAACAAUUUACCAUAACCCAAGACCAAUUAUCAAUAAGAUGGGAUAUGUAUAAAUUUAAGCCCAUAUGGUCUUUUGAAAAUGGUGAGAUUCUAAUAAAUACCCAUACGGAUUUAAUUUUAUAUGAUAAAGUAAGUGGAAGAGUUAGAAAGGUGUACUUCCCUGAUACUGCUUUAAGAGGAAAUUUAGAUAUUCUGCCGAAGAACAUAGAGAGUUAUGUGGUAAGCCUAGUCCCACUUAAAUCUGGGACUUAUGUGGAGAAAAUUUUCUUACAUACUUGAACGUGGAGAACUCCAGCUAGGCGAUAGAUAUUGAGAGUCGUGAUUAGAGAGCAGAAAAAGACCACAAUACAACAAAGAUCUUCUCAACAACAUUACUUGGAUUCCAUUUAUAAUUUUGUUAGAUGCCUUGAAAAGCAAUUCCAAAAUUAUGGUUAUGGAGGCAGCAAGUAAACCCAACUCCACACAUUAUGCUGUCAUGGUCUUUCUGGCUCUUAGUUGGGUACUUAUCACUUUUGAUAAUUAAAUGUAGAAGAAAGGAUGUAUCAAUCCUGAUUGGUAAGACUUGUAAACAAUCAUGAUUAAUCAAAAGGUUGCAACUGACAGAACAUUAGCAAAAAAAUAAUUGAUGUAAAUUUUUUUAAAGUAAGUACGAUACUUGUUGUCAUUGCACCUUAUUGUAAUGAAUCUAGUAGUCUAGUUAGCCAUUAGAAGCUCUUCUUGAAAUAAUAAAUUAGUUCUUAUUUGGAUCUUUUAUGUACUGUGUCGAUCCUUUUUCCUUCGAUGGAAAAACUCUAUGAUUGAUAAAGAGAUAUGUCGAGGCAUAUAGGUUUGGAUUUUGGCUCAGAUUUGGAUUCACGCUAAUGAAGGAAAGUAAUUAUAUCUUGUAUUUUUUCGGCUAAUUUUUCUCAAAUUAACUGAAUCAUAUAAUUAGAGGAAAAAUAGACGACACAUGGCGAUGCAUAAUUGGCGGGACAUGAGGGUAUAGGAAAGUAGGGGACAGGAGAUCCGAAGACCUUUUUGUCUGUUAUAAGUAUGACAACUUCUUUAUUUGAGUAGAAACUGGUUAAUAGUUUUUUUAUGAUUUUUGAUUUGGCUUCUAAUCGCUCUUUGCUGCCUUAUGGCAUUCUGUUGCUUUUGAAUUCAAUAUUUGCAUCUUAUACUGUGAGAAAGUAGUGCCUCCUUACAAUUGACUGAAAUAAACCAAGUACUAGGAUCAAGGAACACGUAGAAUACGUAAGUUAUUAUCAGCAUUUACAGGUAUAUUAUGAAGAAAAAUAAUAUAUAUUGCAUGUAUGAUGCUAAGGAUCUGCUUGGCUUGCCAUUCUCUUGUCACUAGGGAAUUAUACUGAAAAUUAAGACUAAGUAGGUUACUUAUAAUAUUGCAUUUAUUUCAUGACCACUGACUGAAAACAAUUAUUAGAAACAUGGAACAGCUAAUAGGUUACUUCAGAACAUUUAAGAAACUAGAGGUUAUAUGUAACGUACUGCAUGAAUAAUGCAAACUAAGGAUCAUCAUGGACGCCUAUUUGCUUGUCAUUGGAAGCAUUUGUGAACAUUCUCCUUCUCUCAUUCACAUGGUGUGAUUUCGGAAUCAAUUGCUGGUAGUCUUAGGGUGUUGGGCCAUAUGCACUGAUCACUUGGCGACCAAACUAUGCUGGUACUAGCAUGAUCUAGAAGAAUAUAUUAUUUCUGUAAUGUUCCCAAAAAAGUAUGAAAUAGAAGAACAUAUCCAAGUGCAUGUCAGCAUCUCUAAAGCUAUGUAUGCCCAUAUAGCUGAAACUAGCAAUUCCUUGCUCAGGAAUCGAGGAAUGUUAUUGGUUUUCUAAUGUGAAGAAGUCUGCAAAGCAGCUUCCUUUGGAUACUUAUGGCAGGGACGGAGGCAUAGCGAGACAAAUGGGGUCCCUAGACCCCACUUGUUGUAGGAAUUUACCUAGAAAAGGCUUAGUAAUUUUGUAAUUUAAGUCACCUGUGGGGGCAAUAUGUAAUGGAAAUUGGUAAAAUUCUCUGCUGACCCUCUCACGGUAGUUAAUUUAGAAUCAUGCCUUUGUAAGUUUCAUCCAGCCACUACGCAAAUUAAAACAAAAAUACGGUUGGUGUACCAUUUUUCUUUCUGUAGUUAUCUUUUAUUAUUAUUAAGUUUGUGUACUUUCAUGUUUAUUCAUCUUUUAAUCCAGCACUAUGUAAGCAAACCCCAAUUGUUCACGUAAUAUUGCACUUUGUUCUUAAAAUUUUCUGGCGGCCUCCGGCCGCAUUUGGUUUCCAGUCUUAUUCAAACAAAAAUCAUCAGUAUGUCUCUGCUUUGGAUCAUAUAUUGGUGGUGUUUAUAGAUUUACUUGAUUUUAAUACUACUGUGCGAGCUUCUAUAUGACGGUUCAAUUUUUCGGUGUGAAUGUCAAAAAAAAUAAAAUCCGACCCCAUAGCGUGAGAGCUCUGGCUCCGUCACUGACUUGUGGUCUCUUUAUUAAA